AUGUUUACGAAAAGGAAAAUAAUAAAAAAAAAUAUUAAAAAAAAUUUAGAAGAUGAUUUUAAUUGCAAUCAAAAUAAUAUUGUAGAUUUAGGAUGUAAUAAAGAAAAUGAAAAAGAACCAAAAAAUGAACAAGAGAAUUAUAAAGAAAAGUUUUCAUUAAAUAAAGAGAACCAUUUUGAAUUUGAAACUAAUGAAAAUAUAAAAAUAAGGAAAAAAGAAAAUGAAGAAAAAGAAAGAAACAGAGGAAAGCAUAUAGACAUUAAUCUUAACGAAAAUAUACUAGAGAAAGAAUCAUUUGAUAAAAAUAAUGAAAAAAAUGAAUCUAAUUUUUCUGAUAAUAGAGAUGAAGCAAAAAAAAAAAAAAAAAAGUUAAGCAUUAUAGAAAAAAAAAAGAAAGAAGAAAUAAGUAGAGUAAAUAAAAUGAAUACCAGUUUUCAUAUAUACAGUGAAGAUGAUACAGAUAGCUACAUAACUAUUAAAAAGAAAAAAAAAGCAAGCAAUCAUUUUCAAAAUUUGUUGACCAAUAUUGAUGGAAAAAGGAGCAUAAUAGAACCUUAUUAUAAAAAUAAUUCUAGAAAUGUAAUUAAUUCAAGCAAAGCAUUAAAUGAAGAAGAUAAUUCCAAUUAUGCAUAUAUAAGUGAAGAAAAACACCUAUAUAAUAAAAAUUAUAUUCAAAAUAAAAAGGAAAAUAUUUCACAUUCAUACAAAAAAUGCAAUAUGAAAGAUAAAAUAAAAAUAAAUAACGAUAAUUAUAUAUAUAGAUAUGAAAAUGAUGAUAACAAUGAUAGUAAUAAUGAUUGUACUAGUUACGCUCUUUAUGGAAAUUUAAAAUUGAAUGAUAACAAUAGCGAUGAUAAUGAUUAUAAAAAAAAUGUUUAUAAUUUUACUGAUAAUUAUAAUAAUAAAAUGGUCACAAAAAAUAGUAAUGAUUCUUUAACACAUGAUUUAAUACAAGGUGAUUCAUAUUUUAGUGAAAUAAAUAAAAAUGACUUUAACAAAGAUACAGAUAAUAAUAGUUUAAUUUAUAAUUUAUCUUAUAUACCAAAUUCAGCGAAAGAAGAAAUGAAUGAUGAUAAUAAAAUAGGGAAUAUAAUUAUAGAUGAAGAAUAUUCAAAUUGCGAAAAUAUAAUGAUAAAUUUUGAAAAUGAAAAAGAUGAUGUACAGAAUGAAGAAGAAAAGAAACUAAUUGAAGAAAUAAAAUUAAAAAAGAAAAUAUUAAGAAAAAAAAAAGAACUUAAUGAUAAUAUGAAUAUAUUCGAAGGUGAUUAUAUUUCUAAUUUCUCAAUUAAAAAAGAAAAUAACUUUCAUACAAGUGAAAUAAGAAAUAUUUUAUUAGAAGAUGAUCUAGAAGUGGAAGAUAUAUAUAAUUACGAAACAGUUAAUGAAAUGAAAAACAGAAUUUUAAUAAAAAAUAAUAGAAAUGAAGAGAUAAAAAAUUUAUAUAAAGAAAUAAAUACUGACAAGGAUUAUAAUAAUAUUUCAACGUUAAAAAAAGAUGAAAUCGAAUUUAACGAAUCUUAUGAAGGUUAUGAUAUAUAUGAAGAAGAAAAAAUUAAUAAAAUUGUUGACAACAAAGUUCUUACAGAAUUAAAAAAAACUUCCAAAUUUUUUUAUGAAUUACAAAAAUCUGAUGAUGAGUAUAGUGAAGAAAACUGUUUGAAUGUAAAAAAUAUGAAAAAGGAAUCAAAUGAAGAUGGCAUUUCUUUUUCUUGUGUUGAUGAUGAGGAAGAUUUCGUAAAAAUUGAUAUUUACAAUAAGCAAAAUAAAAUUUUAUUUGAAAAAAUUAAGAAUGUAUUUGAAGAAAAAGCGGUUUGUAAUUUACAAAUUAUUAAAAUGAAUGAUUAUAUACAAAAACUAUUUGAUGAAUAUAAAAGCAAAACAAAGGAAUAUGAUAAAAUAAAAGAAUUAGAAUAUAAAAAUCAAAAUGAAUUCAACAUACUUAAAAGUAUAUGUAAGAAACGAAAAAAAGAAAUAAUUAUAUGCACUAUUUUUGGUGAAUUUAUACAGAUUUUAAUUAAUCUUAUUUUUGAAAAAUAUAAAUAUGUUGAUGCUGCCUUAAAUGUUUUAUUUAAAUUGGAACAAUGUUUUCACUUAGUUUAUCAUAAUUUAAAAUUAUAUUUAUAUAAAGAAUAUUAUGAAAGGUUUAAGCUAACAUUUAUGAAUGAAUAUAUCUUUAAUUCGAAAUAUUAUAAAAAUAAAAAAGAAAGAAAAAAAUGUGAUCAAUUAAAGAAUCUCAUAGACAACAAAAUAAUUAAAAAUUAUCUAUCAUAUAGUAAUAUUUCACAUUUUAAUGAAUAUUUAGUUAACGAAAUAAAUGAUGAUCAAAAUUUUGAUAACAUAUCUGUACUUUAUAUGUUUGACGGAUUUUCAAGUAAUUAUUCAACUGAUACUUAUUCGAGUGAAUAUGAUGAAAAACAAAAAGAAGAAGUAAAAAAAGAGAUAGAAGAAAUUAAUAAUAAGAAAGUUGAAGAUAAAAAAAAAAAAGAAAAACAGAAAUAUUUUCAAACCUUAAAAAUGAAGAAAUUAAAAGAAAAUUUUUUAAUAGGGAUAAAUAACAUAUUUGAAAAUGUAAACCAUUUUUUUUUAAAUUUUAAAAAUGUUAUAAAGUAUUUCUUUUUAUUAAAACUAUAUAAUUAUGAAUUUUUUAAAAAUUAUAAUUGUUUGAAUUGUUUUGAUACAAUCUUUUUUUUUUUUGUAAAAUGCGAAUUAUUGUAUUGGGAUCCACUUUAUCAAUUUUCAUUAAAAAAAAAAAAUAAAAUAAAAAUCCUAAAUUAUUACGAUAAAGCAGUAAAAGAGAAUUCAUGUAAAAAAAGUAAUUUAAAUGAUAAUAAAGGUAAAGUUUAUGUAAGUGAAAAUUAUGAUAAUAUAUAUAAUGAAAAAAAUGAUUUCUAUUUCUAUUCUAAAUACGACUCUAAUAAUAGUAAUAAUAAUGACAUAAGUGAAAGUAACAAUGAAGAUAACAAAUCUUCUUUAAAUUCAGAAAGUAAUUUUUCAUUGAGUAGUUCUAUGUAUAGUAAUGAAGAAGAUUGUUGUGAAAAAAAUAAUAAGAAAAAUAAAGAAGAAAAUAUAAAUAAUAAAAAAGAAUUUCAUUCCUUUUUUAAAAAUGAGAAAUUUCAAAAAUUAAAAUAUAAACUUAAAAAAAAUUUUUUUUAUAAUCCUUAUGUAAAAUCAUUUGAAUGGUACAAAUUCAUUGAUCAGUUGAUUAUUAUUUACGAUAGUCUUAGUGAAAAAGAAAUUAUGGAAAAGUUAUAUUAUCAUAUUUAUAAUAAAAAGGUGUAUGAAUUGAUAGAGGUGUGGAAUCCUUUUUCAUUGAAACAAAGUUUUAAUUUAUAUAUAAUUAUUAAGGAUUUUAUUUUAUAUAAUUGUAAUAGAGACAUAUUAAUUGAUAAAAUAAAAGAGAAAAUUAAUAUAUAUCUAACUACAUUUUUACAGUGUUAUAAAAACAUAUCUAAUAUGCAAAAGAAAAACAUAUUUCUAAUGAGAUGUUUAAAAAUUUUAAAAUCUAUAAAAAAUGUUGUUUUUUUAUUAUGUGAUGAAGAAUUGUUUGAUUUAGUUAAAAGAAUAUAUCAUGAUUUUGUUUUACCUAAUUAUGAUAAUUCUAGUAAGUUUCAUAAUUUAAUACUCUCUUCUAUAGUUCAUAUAAUGCACUCCUUAAAUAUUAAAACUGAUGACAAUUUUAAUGAUGAAAUAUCCAGUAUCUUAGAUAAAAAUAAUAAAAGAUUAAAUUCAAGUGAUUUUGAUUUUGAAAAAUUAAAGAUGUUGAAUUAA